AUGUAUCUUUCCAAACAAACAGAGAUCGCCAUCUCUCUGCUCAGCAUGUUCUUCGGAGGCGAAAUCACGUACAUCGAGGACCAGCUCGACGUUCUUGCCGCCGCCUGCGAUUUGUACAUGCAACAACAUCCUGCACACAGCUUCGGACCGACAGCAAAUGCAUCUGCACUGGAAAGGGCAAAACAUAUGGCUUUGGCCAUCUGCGACUUUUUGGCCGAUCAAGGCUUUUACGGAGCCCGUCAUGAUCUUUUUCACGAUGUGGAUAAUAACUUGUUGCAUAAGUGCUUCACCACGAAUCGCCAGACUCUGCCUCUCAGCCUCACUGUCAUCUUCUGCGGCAUUGCCAAUCGCCUAGGCAUGGCCGCAUCGCUGUGCAACUUCCCGGGAUGUAUCAUUGCUGUCGUUAUGGUGGAUCCCUCAGCAUCGAUACCAGCGCCGAACGAGACGCUCUCGACGGCACCCCAGGAGAUGUUUUGGGUGGUGGUGUCCGACUACUUGACCAAGGCAAACGAAGCAUACCAGCCUACCCCCAGCGAUGCGUUUGCGAGGAGCGAGCGGAGGCCACAUCCAAGCGAUCUGUUCUUGGACCGAGCUGAAUUGGCGCAGAUCAUCAGGAGAAGAGGACUCCCUCCUUCUGACGAGUACUGGCGCCCCACUCGGCCGGACGCCAUGGUUAGAAGAGCGGUCAACAAUGUUCUGCAGAGCGUACAGAAUUUGCCUGCAGAGCUCAGAGACCAUGCCACGAGGGUCGCGAGAGAUACCGUACGCCGUAUGGAGGUCGAUCGCCAGUCGAGGCAUUUAAGAGCGCAAUGGUCCAACUUGACCCGCGUCGAUCACGCCUUUCUCAGUGCGUAUCACGGACGAACCGACCCCGUCGAACGAGAGAAGAUCCUCAGUCGAGUCGCGAAAGUCUGGGACGACGACACAACAUGUGCUGCGACGUGUAUCGAUGAGGACGAAGCAACGUGGGGUAUCGUGAAAAGCUGGCGUGCCGAGUCCAUGCACACAUUAGCACUCAUGCCGACAGAGCAAGUCAUGCCAGCGAUGCCGUUCCGUCAGCAACUCCGUGACUAUCUGGAAGCACGCGCCUCUGACAAUGACUGGACCCACACUAUCAAAAAUUUGGACCGACGCGUAGCGGAACCUUCGGACCACAUGGAGCAGAUGGCCAAGUAUGCAGCCGUCAACGUAUUGAUGAGGUUCGGUGGGCUCUCGCCUGCUCGUAACAGCGAUCUUAUUGCUGGCUUUGUGCAGAAAGACUUUCCGCUUGACCUCGAGGUCAUGGAGACAGACCUUCUCGGAGUUGAGCACGCGGAUGCAGAGGAAGGCGCAGAAGUGGGUGCAGAUGCGACCAGCGAAGGCAGUGACUCGAGCAACGAGGCGACGUUUUCAAGUCGAGAGGAGUCGUAUGGUGCGCUGCCGCUGGGAGGGGGCGUGCUUGGGGAUUCGUUCAGUCCGGCCUCACGGAUGGCGAUGGCACGCAUGCUUCAGGCUGCGCGGAUGUCGGAUCGUCAAGGGCAGCCGAUUCGUCGCAGGCGGGCUGCUGAGACCAGACAGGAGCCAGGGCAGACAGAAUCCCCGGGGAACGCAUCGGGCAUCCGAGAGGCUGAGGAUGUAGGGACGGGCACGGCUGCCUUCCGUAUAGGCACCGUCUUCCGGCACCGCACCUAUGGAUACACAGGCCACAUCGCUACAUGGGACCCUCACUGCGCUGCACCCGAAGACUGGAUCGUACACAUGGGCGUAGAUCGUCUCCCCGCGCCUUUUGAACCGGCUGCUUACGAUUCUUCCGCAUCUAGCUCGACUCCGAGACGCGGUGGCCGACAUCAGCCGUUUUAUGAAUCCAUCACGUACACGAGCCACCACGGCUCCCGCCGCUACGUUGCCGAAGUCAACAUCGAACCGAUUCGGGGACCGAUUUGGAUUUACGGACUUCCCCCGAAUGAGGCUCGAACAAGCUUAGAUGCGGAUGGGUCGGAAGAAGAGAGUCUGGCGCUCAAAGGGGCGCUGCAUCGGGUGAUGCAAGAUCGGCUUUUUGGAGCUUCCUUUCGAUGCUUCGACCAAGCAAGGGGACGGUUCAGGAGGAGCAUGCUUACGAGAGAGAUGUUUCCCGAUGAUUUAUCGGACGACGAAGACGACGAGGAGGGCGAUGGCGAGCUUGGAGCGUUGGAGGCGGAGAGCAUGGAAAAUCUGUCCGAGGAUGGACAUUGGUGA